UGCGGGUAUAAAAAGAGGGGAAAAAAAAAAAGCAUAAAAAAUAGAGAGAAUGGAAUUAAAGGGGUUUUGGAAACCAAUUAAACCUCACAAUUGAUUCGUGACUUACAGGCCGGAGGCCCAAAUUUCAACGUCGAGUUAGGACGGCGUGACGGCCUCAUUUCCAAAGCCUCACGCGUCGACGGCAAUUUACCAUCUCCAAAUUUCGACCUAAACGCCCUGACUUCGAUCUUCGCCAAACCGACAUGAUUGCUCUCUCCGGUGCCCACACCAUCGGCGCCUCCCACUGCAACCGCUUCGCCGACCGCCUGUUCUCCUCCUCCGGCGUCGAUCCCUCGCUUAACCGAGCCUACGCCGAACAGAUAAAGCAAGCCUGUCCUCGAAAUGUUGACCCAAACGUCGUGGUCCAGCUAGAUCCGACCACUCCUAACACGUUCGACAACGUGUAUUACCAGAAUCUGAUAGACGGGAAAGGACUAUUCAAAUCGGACGAGAUUCUGUUCACGAGCUCGGCGUCGAAGUCGACGGUGGUGGAAUUUGCGAACAAUGGAGGGGAGUUCAAUGCGGCGUUUGGGGUUAAGACGGGGAGGGCGGGAGAGAUAAGGAGAGAUUGCAGCGCCUUUAAUUGACUGGGAGAGAUUGAUGGAGCUUUAACAAUGGCUUCCAUACAAUUGAAUAAAAACUACAUUAAUUAACAGCAACAACAACAUUAUUUGCUCCAAAAUUAUGUUCAUUCAUAAUAUUAAUUAAACGGGAAUUUAUCUUUCGAAUCAUUUGAACAAAUAAUAAAAA